GUGCCAUAGACAACAUCCGAACUUGCGUUUUUGAUCACAAGGCCAAGUACAUUUCCAGUGCUGGCGAAGACAAGCGAAUCGUGGUGUGGAGUCUCAAAACAUUCCGAGCCGAAAAGUCAGUGUCGUUGUCGUUGUCGUUGUCGUUGUCGUUGUCGUUGUCGUUGUCGUUGUCGUUGUCGUUGUCGUCGCAAUGGUGGUCAUUCAGUGGCAGCAGGCACGAUAGCCAGGAAGUCGUCGUUGUACUGGCAAGUAGACUGAUCGUGCCCGGCGCCUGGAGACAGGGUCAUGGAAGGUCACAAGGGCAUCGUCUACCAGGUCAAGUUCUCGGACGACGAUGAAAAGAUCUUCUCUGCCUCGGACGACGGCCGCCUGCUUGUGUGGGAGUGGAAGACGGGCACGAUUUUGGCAUCGUUCAUGCGACACUCGUCGGCAAUCCGCACGUUCGAUUUUGGGCAUGAGGCACGAAUAGUGUGCGGUCGAAACGAUGGCCAGAUGACCACUUGGGACACCAGCCGCAUGUCGCACAUCGACAACAUCCUGCCUGAUCCAGACUGGGAGAAGCCUCAGGAGAGCACGGAUAGCAGCUUGCUUGGAUGGGCAGAUGAAACCAAGCAUCACACUGGAUCGAUCUUGUGUGUCAAGGUCUCUCCAAACUUCCGGCUUCUGGCGUCAGGAGCCACGGACCACACUUGCAAGCUGUGGUCAAUUGUGUCGUAUAUGAGAGACACGGACGAGGUGGAGCAGGAACUCGAGGAAGCCGAGAUUAUGCGCGAAAAGCUCGAGAAGUGCAUCGACAUCCUCGAGACCAGCUACGAUGUCCAGAUUCCCAUGAGAGACUUUACCGGCGUCAAGAUCGGCGAAGUCCCAAUCCCAUUGGCAUUCCAUGCGGAUCUCCUGUUUACUUUCUGCCACGACGCGCCGGUCCUUUCCGUCCAGUUCAACAGCAUGUCUGACAUUGUGAUCACUGGCUCAAUGGACUCGACCUGUCGACUGUGGUCGGCAAGACGAGGCGAUCUCCUGUUUCAAAUCAACACGCCAGCGCCAGUCUCGUGCCUGCUGAUGACCUCACCGAGCACGCUGAUGUGUGUCUGCCUGAAUCGAGUGUUGACGUUUGAGAUCAAGGCUCAUCAGAAGGAAGAAGAGCUGCCGCCAUACUGGCAGCGCAAGGGAUACCUGGCCGAAAUGAAGCUAAUGGCUGAGGACUAUGCGAAGAUGACGAAUACCGAUCUGGAGACCAUGGAGCCCAUGGACGACACUGUGUAUCGCCAUCCCAUGGUUUUGUUCAAGCCAGGCGAGCCCGGGAUGAUUGCCCGCGGCCUGGAGCCCCAACAGAAGAUCCACAUGCCCGAGCUGCGCCGGCUCAUAUCCCAUGGGCUUAUCAAUCCUCAGUUCCUCGAAACUCUCUUGGACCAGUACAAGCACAUUGAUUCGGAGACUUUGGCGAGCAACAUGAAACGGCAUCGAAUGCCCGUCAAUCAAAUCCUCAAGCUGCUUGUGAACUACAACUUUCAUCCGAAGGAUAUCUUGCACAUGCUCUCACGCCGCAAGAACUCGGACAGUAUCUUUGAUAUGAUCAAGCAGGGAAGGUCCAUCACUCAGUACAUGAUUUCGGAGGGCUACAAACCCGUACCUGAUGAUGACCAGGACGAGUCCAACGCCAUCUUCUUGAACUACCGAGAUCUUCUGCCGCCCUCUGAGGGCCAUUGGGGCCAUCGAUUGUCGCAGGAGGGCAUGCACGCCGUCAGCGACUACGAAGCCAUCGAUGGGAUAUAUGGCCACGGACAGGGUGUCGUGCCUCGUGGACAGCGAGCAGCUACAAACUACGACUACAUCGAAGAGUAUGAUGAGGAGUACGACGACGAGAGCAUGUACUUCCAGGAAGGGUCGAGAUACAUGCCACCAAAGGGCAAGAUCAUCCACUUUAUUCCCUCGGAGCAGCUCAAGUUGCUGAAAGACUACCAGGCCAACCGGGAACUCAAGUCCAUUUUCUUGCAGCAGUUAGUCCUGGAUGCCCAUCCGGUCCAGUUUCCAAACUUCAAUAUCGAGUCUGAAACGGUUGAUCGCAAGCCGGUCGUCGACAAGAAAACAUUUCCCAAAAGCGGGAUCCGGUUCAAUGAGAGCGUUCCGGUCCCUGGACGAAGACGGCCUGGGGCCCAGCAAACGGACCUCGCGAACCGGUUCGACUUUAGCCCGCUCCUGACACAUGGACGGGGGAAUGCCAGAGAGUCUCAAUCGACUGAGGGAACGCAGUUCUAUUCUCCAGCCCCGAUCACCCGCAAGUUUGCCAAGGGCUCCUUCAGCAGCUCCAACACCAUCUUCAAGCCCGAAAGGCAGGCUCAAGGGAUCUUGGACAGCAACUCAUCGUCGGCAAGUCCGUGGGGAUCGGCGAAAAGAUCUUGAACAUUGACGGCGACGACGACGACGACAGGGAGUGAUGGUGGGGUGGGGGCUGGCACCGGCAAGCGCAAGAAACCAGCACGGAUCGCCGCGGGCAAGGAGCAAUUCUUACGAGAGUAUAUUCAGUCAUAGCUAUCGCGA